AUGAUUAAAUUUAACAGGGAGGGAGACCUACUCUUUUCCUGCUCCAAGGACCAGGUAAUCAACGUCUGGUUCUCAGACAACGGGGAGCGGCUUGGGACGUAUGAUGGACACAAUGGUACAGUCUGGACAAUCGACGUCGACCAUGAAUCAAGAUUCCUCGUCUCAGGGGCAGCAGACAAUACGAUGAAGCUAUGGGAGGUAUCUACUGGACGCUGUCUGUAUACGUGGGAGUUCCCGACCGCGGUGAAGCGCGUGGCGUUCAGCGCAGACAGCAAGCAGAUUGUGUGCAUUACAGAGCAGCGCAUGGGAUAUCAAUCUGCCAUCCGGAUUUUCGACAUCAAUCGUGAAGGCGACGGGAGAGACCAAUCAGAAGAACCCGGAAGCAUGUUCAACCCAAUUGGGUCAAAACCCACUGUUUGCACCUUCGCACUCACGCCCUCCCUCAUCCUUACCGGUCAUGAGUCUGGAAAAGUGGCACUCUUUGACGCUAAAACGGGCGAAGAAGUGAACAAUAACGAGCGGGCACAUAUGGACGUUGUAACUGAUUUGCAACUCUCUCCGGACCGAACAUAUUUCAUCACAAGCAGCAAGGACAAGACAGCAAGAUUACAUGAUACACGCACGUUAAAUGUGCUCAAGACAUACCAAACAGAGACACCUCUUAAUAGCGCGGCAAUUGCCACGUUGAGGCCAUAUGUCUUGCUUGGGGGUGGACAAGAUGCGAUGAGCGUUACGACAACUUCGUCACGACAAGGAAAGUUCGAGACCCGAUUUUGGCACAAGAUCUUUGAGGAAGAACUGGGGCGGGUAAAAGGCCAUUUCGGACCUAUUAACACUUUGGCUGUUCACCCGUCUGGGAAGGGCUAUGCUUCUGGAGGAGAAGACGGAUUUGUCCGAGUGCACCAUUUCGAUGACAGUUAUUUCAAGGCAAAGCCAUACGGAGACCUCGAGAUUGAAGACCAAAACUAUCUGUCAUGUGCUUGGCUAGAUAUUUGGCGUGCGAUGAUUGCGUCCAACAAUAUUGAUAUUCAAGAAAUGGUGUUAAGAUCAGUAAUCUUACUGUGCGAGAUCACUCCCCAUUACCUCCAAUAUGCUGUGGAGUCUACCGGACUACAGAGUCCAUUGGAAAAAGCAGAUGAACAGUGGGAAUACAUCAAGUUGUCAAUCACUCGUCAUGCAUGCGGCAUGACGAUAGUCCCUCACAAGUGGAGGUGGUUCAAUGGCGAGGGAAGUAGAAAAUUCAGUCUUGCGGUCCCGGAGUAG